UUCUCCCCAAAUGAGCUUGAUGGGCCAAAUGGCCUCCUCUUGUUUGUUAAUUUCUUAUGUUCUAUAUUCUUAUAAUAUGGUUCUGUAUUAAAUAAGAUUAACUUUAUUUUUCCCAGGGGGAAAUUCUGGUGCAUACAGUGCACAUAAUGUAAGAUCAUAUACGUAUUGCACCAAACAGAUGAGGUACAAAAACAGUUCACAGUCAGGGGCAUUGCUAGAGAUUUUGGGCCCCAUGAAAGCAUAUCAUAUUAGGCCCCCCAGUCCAAACCAAUCCAGUUAUUUUCCUAAUUUUUUAGGGCCCCUGUCACUUAGGGGCCCUUGGAAUCGUCCUAGCUUUCCUCCCUCUUACGGCGCCCCUGUUCACAGUGCAAACAAAUAUGGUACAGACAGUUCUGAAUUGCAUGACGAAUGUGAACUGAAAUUGCAUUGAUAUAUAUAUAUAAAUAAUAAUGAACAAAAAUGAUAAAUAAUUGCUAGUAUAUAUACAUCUUUUUGCUCUUAAUAUGCAAAAUGUGUUAUCUCAGAAAUAUUUGAAAUAGAAUAUAGAGGAGCAUAGAGGAUUUCCUAGACACCAGUGGGGUCAGUGUACACAAGCAGAAUCGGCUGAUCAGUUGACCGUAUCUGAUUUGAAAGUAUUUCUGCUGCUAUCAAACAGCAUCACCAGACCACCCAGGCCAUGCAAUCUUGUGUGCAGACAGUUUGGUAAUCAGGAUAUUGCUUGCUUUUGUUAUUAAACUACUAUGUUAAAAUAUCCAAUUGGGAUCAUUUGACAAUAAGAUUCACUUUUCCAAUUAGUCUUAACAUUCAUACUCUAAUGCCAGUCUGUCCUGUGCCUGUCCAUGCUUUGGUAAAUCUUCAUGUACUCAAGAGCAACAGUCCUGCAUGUCUUUGAUUUAUAGUAUGAUUACCUACAGAUUUACACCAAAAACAGGAAUUCCUGUUCAAAUAAUGACUUCGGUCUCAAUACUGAGUGCCAAGACUAGCUAAAAAUCACUACGCUCUGUGGUCUUCUAAUACUUAGAUUGAUGAUUUUAUCCUGAUACUUUCAUAGAGUUUUGGCAUGAAUUUUUAAAAAUGUCUCUUGUAUGCACAGAAUUAACUGCUUUCCUGGAUGCUUGCAGCAAUGCUUAUUUAGGCCUCUUUCAUGUUUAUGGGUGAAUUAGUGUGUUUUCUGUUUUCAAGCAGUUUUCACUUAGUGGCAUCCGUGUCUGGAAAAUGUUAAUUAAAUGAUGAUUUUGUGGUACGGAUACUCGAAAUCCUCUUCCGUGCGGCCUGUUUUCGGGUGUCCGACAGUGUGAUGUGUUUGUUGCUCUCUCUAGGCUUCUGCACAUGUCUCCAGUGUCACAAACAAGAUGGGCUCCAUCGGUCGUGUUGGGUUUCCCUUCCUUGUGAGGCUCACCCUAAAAUGUAUACUGUUACCAUGCCACUCUCAUCAUUAAUUCAGCGGGUAGAACCCAGCACCGGGCAACUCUCUCUGUUUCACCUGGCUGCAUGUAGCCAGAGUCCUAUGAAGAAGAGGAGAAAUUCCAGGCUGAUGCAGAACGGAGAGUCCAUGGGCCCACAGACGCAGGGCCCGAAGAGUACAGCGGAGGAGGAGGAGGAGGAGGUCCAGCCAACCUUGCCCUCCGCGCCACCAGCGCCGCAGUCGCCCCCCCCACCCCCGCCUUGCCUCCGACCUCGGCUGGUCUUCCACACGCAGCUGGCCCACGGCAGCCCCACCGGACGCAUCCACGGCUUCACCAACGUCAAGGAGCUCUAUGCCAAGAUCGCAGAAGUCUUCAACAUCUCACCUUCGGAGAUCCUGUUCUGUACUCUGAACUCCCACAAAGUGGACAUGCAGAAGCUUCUAGGUGGGCAGAUUGGGCUGGAGGACUUCAUCUUCGCCCAUGUGAGAGGGGAAACCAAGGAGGUGGAGGUCACCAAAACAGAGGACGCACUGGGCCUGACCAUCACGGACAACGGCGCUGGAUACGCCUUCAUCAAGAGAAUUAAGGAGGGCAGUACUAUAGAUCUGCUGAAGACCGUGUGUGUGGGUGACCACAUCGAAGCCAUCAAUGAUCAGAGCAUCGUAGGCUGCCGGCACUACGAAGUGGCCAGGAUGCUGAAGGAGCAGACCCGGGGCGUGGCCUUCACCCUGCGGCUAGUGGAGCCCAAGAAGGCCUUUGACAUGAUUGGCCAGAGAACGAGGGCGCCCAAAUCCAGCGAAGGGAAGAUGGUGAGCGGGAAGGAGACCCUGCGACUGAGAUCCAAAGGGACGGCUACUGUGCAGGAGGUGCCUAAUGAGUUUGAAGAACAAGCUACCAAGAAGGUGGACGACUUACUGGAGAGCUACAUGGGAAUCCGGGACCUUGAACUCGCGGCCACUAUUGUGGAGGCGGGCAAAGACAAGAAGAACCCCGAUGAUUUCGCAGAGGCUCUGGACUCUGUGCUGGGCGACUUUGCCUUCCCGGAUGUUUUCUUGUUCGACGUGUGGGGCGCUAUUGGGGAUGUAAAGAACGGCAGAGUGUAGAGGUAGAGCUCAACCUGCCCGGAUCGCCCAUGUCAAUGUAGCAGAACCACUUUUUAACAAUCAUAAAAGCCUCUAAUAGACUCAUAUACUUCAUCCCACACAAACUCCUUCCUGUAUCCAUAUAUAACAGGAAAUGCUUAAUGUCUGCAUCAUAUUUCAAAGCUAAUUAUACUUAAAAAAUGUGUACUGUACUUUUAUGCCUAAACAAAUGAAGGUCUUCUCUAUCCAACUUCAUGCCUAAGAAAAUGAAGGUCUCCUGUCCAACAUUAAGUCUGCACAAGUCUUCUCUGUCAGUAACAAAAAUAUAAUGUAGUUUUAUGUUUUUUUUUUGUGUUAAACGUCUUGUAAAUACUGCUUUGAUCAAAGCAGUGAGAUUUUAUUUAAGGCAGUAUUUUGCAUGUUUAUCUUUAUGGAAGGCCAGGGAAUAUAUCAAAUGAAAUCUGAAAAUCUGGGUGUGAUAGUUUAGCCGUUCAUUGGUUUGGUGCAUUUUGAGCCUCGUACCCUCAUGAAGACCUGACGAUAAUGGCGUAUAUUUUCACAUUAAUUGACUCCUAAUAAAAACAUUAACAUUGA